AAAAAAAAAAAAAGAAAGAAAGAAAGAAACGGUGAAAGCUCUUGGGUGAAGUCGAAUCUCGUGCCCGAGCAGAUGAGCCUGGCUUCCUCUCAGGGAUUUCCGAGCCCCAGGAUCCGAGAAACCGGCGGAACGCAGGUGCGCGAGGGGGCGGAGCCGGAGGAAUUCGGCUGCCGCGGACUGCACAGCAGCAGGGGAACUGUUUGGCGGAGACACAGGGCCGCUAGGAGGCCGCCGUGAUGCUCCCCUCUUUGCAGGAAUCGCUGGAUGGGGACGAAAAGGAGCUAGAGAGCAGCGAGGAGGGUGGCUCUGCGGAAGAACGGAGACUCGAGCCGCCGCCCAGCAGCCACUACUGUCUCUACAGCUAUCGCGGAAGCAGAUUGGCACAGCAGCGUGGGGACAGCGAUGAUGGAAGCCCAAGUGGCACAAAUGCGGAAACUCCCUCUGGUGAUGACUUCAGCCUCUCCUUAGCGGUUACUAAUCUACCAUCGGAAGUGGAGCCAGAGCUGCGAAGUUUUGUUGCUAAGCGUCUUUCCAAGGGAACAAUGUUUGAAGGGCUGGGUAAUGUUGCAUCCGUGGAGCUGAGAAUACCAGGUUACCAAGUUGGUUGUUAUUACUGCCUUUUCCAACAAGAAAAACUGCUUCCUGAGACAGCUACAGUGGGCUAUGAACAGAACUCUUCAGAGUAUGUGGUCUGCUUUUUGGGAGGGUCUGAGAAAGGACUCGAGCUUUUCAGGCCUGAACUAGACAAAUAUAUCCAAGGGCUGAAAAAUAGCAUGAAUUGUGAGGAGAGGGGCCUAGAGACUCACAUCAAGUCCUAUCUGAGCAACUGGUUUGAGGAUGUUGUGUGCCCAAUCCAAAGGGUUGUUCUUCUCUUUCAGGAGAAACUUACCUUUCUGCUCCAUGCUGCUCUGAGUUAUACUCCUGUUGAGGUUAAAGAAUCAGAUGAAAAAACAAAGAGAGACAUUAACAGGUUUCUGAGUGUGGCCAGUCUUCAAGGACUCAUUCACGAAGGCACCAUGACGUCACUGUGCAUGGCCAUGUCCGAGGAGCAGCGUAAGUCUGUGGUCAUUGACUGCAGUAGCUCCCAGCCUCAAGUCUACAAUGCAGGAAGCAAUCGAUUUUGUGAGGAUUGGAUGCAGGCUUUUUUAAACGGUGCUGAAGGGGGUAACCCCUUUCUUUUCCGACAAGUACUGGAAAACUUUAAACUAAAGGCCAUACAAGACACAAACAAUUUGAAGAGAUUUAUCCGGCAGGCAGAAACAAAUCAUUAUGCUUUGUUUAAAUGUUACAUGUUCCUAAAAAACUGUGGUAGUGGAGAUAUCCUUUUGAAGAUUGUUAAAGUGGAACAUGAAGAAAUGCCUGAAGCCAAAAAUGUGGUAGCAGUCCUUGAAGAAUUCAUGAGAGAAGCUCUUGCCCAAAGUUUUUGAUCAUGUUUUGAGAUAACUGUGAAGUUGUAUAUUCAAGCUGUGGUGUUUGAAAUUGAAAUUGUUUUAAUUGUUCAUAGGAUUACUAUUUAAGAUUAUUUGAAACAUACCAGAUUCUUUUUUUUUUUUACUUUUAAAUUUUAACUUAAUUAAACAUAAAAAUAUGAGGAACAUCUUCACUGAGUCAUAGGUAGGUGUGUGUGUUAAGAGUUUGAAUUUUAGGGCUGGGGAUUUAGCUCAGUGGUUCCGCUGCCAGCCUCGAAAGCCCAAGGUCUUGAUUUCUAUCCCCAGUACCAAAAACCAAAAACAACCCCAAACAAAUAAAAGAGUUUGAAUUUUAGCUGGGCAUGGUGACUCAUCCCUGUGAUUCAAGCACUUAGGAGGCUGAAGGGGGAAAAUCACAUCAAGUUGAAGGCCAGCCUGGACUACACAGUGAGUUCAAGGCCAGCCUGAACUACAUACCCAGACCCUGUCUCAAAACAGUUUGAAUUUUAGUCUAUUGUCUGUCCCGUAAAUUCUAAACUUUAGAAAUUUGUUGCCUAAAAAGUGUCAGAGGUGAUUUUGUGACUUCUCUCAAAAGUUUGCUGCAAGGGCCGGGGAUUUAGCUCAGUGGUUCUUCUGCCUGCCUCACAAGUGCAAGGUCCUCAGUUCAAUUCCCAGUACCAAUAAACAAAUAAAUAAAAGUUUGCUGCAGUAUUUAGCAGCUUUCCUCCUUCCCAGAAAAAAACAUAAUACUUCUUUCUCAGCAGAUUAUAGAUUCUUUUAAAAAACAUAAUCUUAGUCUUAGGAUAGAUUAGCACCACUACACCAUUUCAGAAGACAGAUCUGUGCAUCUUGUGGGUGCCUGAUGCUUUUUUUUUGGUACUGGGGAUCGAACUUGGGACCUUGCGCUUGCGAGGCAGGCGGCAAAACCACUGAGCUAAAUCCCCAGCCCUUAUAUAUACUUUUGUAAUGCAGACUCACUACAUAGUUGUAUACAGUAGACUUAAAAAA